UAUGAUGAUGAUGAAGAAAUUCACGAUUCUGAUGAGGAGUAUAACCCUGCUAGAGAUGUGAGUGACAGUCAAUCCAACGAUGAAUCUGAUGCAGAAUCCGUUGUCUACUCGAUGCUAAAUGGAAAGAAUACCGCCAGUCCAAGCCAGUCUAUUACCGUUAUGACUACAAAUAACGCUGAUGGCAGAAAAUACGACAGAAAGCAUCAUUGUCUCUUUGCGUCACCUGAAAGAUAUGCAUAAAGAAGAGCGCGAAAUCAUAGAAUAUAUGGCAGUUAAGGACCCGAAGAAGAAACGUAAUCUUGAAAUUAAAUUUAGGAAUCUGGGGGAGCACUUGCACAAUACCACUGUGAUCAGGAACAAUUCCGGAAUACUGUCUGUGCAGUAUCGUUCAUCUCGGCCACUUCCAUGGCAAGAAUACGUUCCUUGUGAACACUGCCUUGGAUAUUAUGCCAAGCGAGAACUGAGGAGACAUGUGUCUCGUUGUCCAUUGUCUCCUGAACUAGGAAUUAAGAAGUAUUCCCGUGUUGUUGUUAGUGGUCAGCUUCUGCUACCUGUGCAGAUAAGCACAACGGCUGGAUUCAAGGAAGUUCUGGUAACAAUGGCUUCAGAUGAAAUAUCGCGAAUCGUUAAAGGUGAUCAUAUCAUACUGGCUCUUGGAGCCAAAAAGUUUGAAAAGUUUGGGCUCGACCACGAUCAGUGGUCCAGCAUUCAUAACACCACGCGCGAACUCGGGAAAUUGCUGAGAGCAUUGAGAGAGGCUACUAAUCAGCCAAACUCUACAAUUGAAGACUUCAUCGAUCCUUGCCGUUACAGAGACGUUGUGGCCUGUGUAAAACAGAUUUCAGGAUUUUGCGGUGAAUCACAUCAAGUCACCACCCCUUCUCUAGCGUUGAAACUGGGGCAUUCAAUCAAAAAGUGUGAAAAGAUCGUGAAGAAGAAUGCAAUGGAGAUGAAAUUAAAGGAGGCAAAGGAAGAUGCAGCUGAGUUCAUAGGCAUGUGCAAUGACUAUUGGACUGAGGACAUCUCUACUCAUGCCCUGAGAAACUUGCAUGAGGCAAAGAGAAACAAAAUAAAGUAUAUUCCCCUCACCAAUGAUGUGAAGAUUCUCUCCAACUACCUGAGAAGAAAGGGCGAAGCUGCCUUCAAUAAAUUAAGCAAAAGUUCACACGACUCUACCAGCUGGCGUGACCUCGCUGAGGUAGCCAUGUCACAGCUCAUUCUGUUCAACAUGCGCCGACAGGGAGAGGUUUCAAAGAUGAAAGUGGAGGAUUUCAAGGCCCAGCACACUGGUGCACAGGAGGAUGUCCUGCAAGCACUUUCUCCGUUAGAGAAAGAACUCUGCACGAAACUGAGAAGAAUCGAGAUAGUGGGCAAAAAGACAUCGACGGUCCCAAUGCUUAUCACGGCUCAAAUGCAAGCAUGGAUUGAGCUGGUGAUUGAAACGAGAGAUAAAGUUGGCAUCCCCCCAGACAACCAAUUCCUGUUUGCACGAACUUUCUAUGGCUCCCUUGGUCAUUUUCGAGGUACUGAAACUCUCUGAAAACACAGUAAUGAAUGUGGUGCCAAGUAUCCACAUCUUCUCCGAUCAACACAGCUGCGGAAGCAAAUUGCCACAUUGUCUCAAGUCUUAAGU